CAGGGGCGCUUGGUGAUUGGUUGGUUUGCUAGCUACGCCCACCCUGCCCCAACGCUGCCAUUUCUAGUUCCUUCUAGGGAGUCGGCGGUGUUGUGCUCGUGUGUGUGUAGAAGCCAUGGACCCGCGGAAAGUACACGACUUGAAAGAGUUUGUCAACCUGUGUAAGAGCAACCCUGCUAUCCUGCAUCGGCCGCAGCUGAAGUUCUUCACAGAAUGGCUACUAAGUUUAGGAGCUUCUAUUCAGCCCCCGCCACCUGAAGAAUCUUUUAAAGAAAGCCCGACAGAUGAGAGAAACGAAGAAAGGGUCCCUUCUCCAACUCCUCAACCAGUGAGUGAAGAAAGUGACUUGGAUAUGGAUAAUGAAGGAGUUAUUGCACCAGAUGAUGAGCCCCCUCAGGAGAUGGGAAAUGAUGAGUUAGAGGUCACAGAAGAAAUGAUGGAUAAGGCAAAUGAAAAAAAAGUAGAGGCUAUUGAUGCUCUGGGAGAUGGUGACUUCCAGAAAGCAAUCGAUUUACUAACAGAAGCCAUAAAAAUGAACCCACAGAUUGCCAUCUUGUAUGCAAAAAGAGCGAGUGUUUAUGUGAAGCUACAGAAGCCAAAUGCUGCAAUUCGUGACUGUGAUAAAGCUAUAGCCAUCAACCCUGACUCUGCUCCGCCAUAUAAAUGGAGAGGCAAAGCACAUAGGCUCCUUGGACACUGGGAAGAAUCUGCCCACGAUCUGGCCAUGGCUUGUAAAUUGGACUAUGAUGAAGAAGCAAGUGAAAUGUUGAAAGAAGUGCAACCACGUGCUCAGAAAAUUGCAGAGCAUCGGAGAAAAUAUGAACGUAAACAGAAGGAAAGGCUGGUCAAUGAAAGGAAAGAACAUCUUAAGAAAGCUAAAGAGGAAAAUGAAAGGGCACAGAGGGAGGAAGAAGCCAGGCGUCAAGCUGGUGCAGGUGCAGGUGCAGAGUUUCCAGGUUUCCCAGGGGGAUUUCCUGGAGGCUUUGCCGGGAUGCCAGGUGUUGGUGACAUCCUCUCUGACCCAGAAGUUUUGGCUGCAAUGCAGGAUCCUGAAGUCAUGGCUGCAUUUCAAGAUGUAGCUCAAAAUCCAGCUAACAUAUCAAAGUAUAACACCAACCCAAAAGUGAUGAAUCUGAUCAGCAAACUAUCUAGUAAAUUUGGAGGCAGUGCAUAAGGAUGAACAACAUCUCAGACACCGCAGUGAAGAAAGAAGACUUCUUGGACUUUUUAUGUACACAUGGUGAUUUUUUUCAUCUUAUAAUGCUUACAAAACAGUUUAAAAAUAACGUAUUGCAGAUAAUAAGGGAUAUACAAAAUGUAUCAGUUGGCUGCUCAAUGAACAGUUAAUGUGUUUGAAAAACAAUGGUAUGUCUGUAUUUUUUUUUCUAUUAUUUCCUGAUGAGUUUACUAUAAGAAUGUCAUUUCUGUCAGCAAUAUUUGAGAUGCAAUAAAAUAAACCAAUCUGCAAAUUGUGCAGCAACGUUAA